AUGGGCGCCUUGCUUCUAUGGCUGCUGUUGUCCCCGGUCGGACUCGGGGUGCUGGGCGGGCUCGGGCGUGCCCAGGGGGACCCGACCACUGCAGCCCCCUCACAGUCACGGGGCACAAAGCCACAGCUCGCGAUCUCAAGUGACGGGAAGAGGAAAAUGCUUACAGCUGAGCCGCGUGUCCCUCUGUCCAUCUCAGUGCCCUGUGGCAACCGCAAGGCCCCCACGCGCAUCGUGGGGGGCCAUGAUGCUGAGCUGGGGAGCUGGCCGUGGCAGGGGAGCCUGCGCUUCUGGGGCUCUCACAUCUGUGGGUCCAGCCUGCUCAACCGCCGCUGGGUGCUCACGGCGGCGCACUGCUUCCAAGAGUCCAGCGAUGCCUUCUCCUGGAGCAUCCAGUUUGGCGAGCUGUCGGCCGCCCCCUCCAUCUGGAACCUGCAGGCCUAUGAGAACCGCUAUCAAGUCCAGAGGAUCGUGGUGCACCCUGACUACAAGGGGUACUCGCCCUUCGACAUCGCCCUGGUGAAGCUCGUGUCCUCCGUCACCUACCGCCCGCACAUCCGGCCUGUCUGUGUGGUCAACUCCUCCAUGGAGUUCCAGAACCGCAGAGACUGCUGGGUGACUGGCUGGGGGGAUAUCCAGGAAGACCUAGAGCUGGAGCCCCCCUACAACCUCCAGCAGGUGCAGAUCUCCAUAAUAAACCACACCAUGUGUAACCACCUGUUCAGAAAGCCCGAUGUUCGCCACAGCAUUUUUGGAGACAUGGUUUGUGCCGGCAACCCGGAGGAAGGGCAGGACGCCUGCUUAGGUGACUCUGGGGGACCCUUGGUCUGUGAAGAGGACAACGUGUGGUAUCAGGUGGGAGUGGUGAGCUGGGGCGUGGGCUGCGGGCGCCCCAACCGACCCGGCAUCUACACCAACGUCAGCGAGUACUUCAGAUGGAUCCAGAAGGUGUUAGCCCGGGGACCCCCCACCAUGGACGACUCCUCGCUGUUCCUGCUGCUGCCCUGCGCUCUGCUGUGGGCUCCCCUGUUCCUGCACCCAUCCUGA